GUGAUAUCCCUGUGACAAGUCACAACACUUUAAAAGCUGAAGCAACCUUUCAGUUUUGCACCAACUCCAAGCAACAUGCCAUAUACCUCGAGUGCCUCACUUUGCUUGAUAUUCACUGUUGUUCUUGGACUAACUAACUGCUCCCAUGCUUCGCUGCGAUUUCUCCGUGGCCGACCGAAAGGUGGCAUGUUAGUUGCUCCUGCAGCAGAACACGUGAAUCAAAAGCUUCCUGAAGCACAUUGGUUUACUCAGAGGUUGGAUCACUUUGAUGACUCCAAUACAAAAACUUGGCAGCAGAGGUUCUUUUAUAACGACACCUUCCACACGAAACCAGAUGGACCGGUUUUCGUUAUGAUCGGUGGAGAAGGAACGGCGAACCCUAUAUGGCUGACUGUGGGGGAUAUGAUGAAGAAUGCUGAAGAUUUUGGUGCUUUUACCUUCCUUUUAGAGCAUAGAUUUUACGGCGAAAGUCACCCAACGAGUGAUAUGAGUGAUUCAAGCCUUAAGUAUCUAAAUAGUGAACAAGCAUUGGCAGAUCUGGCAACAUUUUGUCAGGAAAUGGCUUUGAAGUUUAAUCUGACAAACAGCAAAUGGAUAUCAUUUGGUGGCUCAUACCCUGGGUCAUUAUCAGCCUGGUACAGACUCAAGUAUCCACAUCUGGUGCAGGGGGCUGUUGCUUCAAGUGCUCCUGUCUUUGCCACAGUCAACUUUCCUCAAUACAUGGAUGUUGUUACUGCCUCACUUGAAACAACAGGACAAGACUGUGUGAGAAAUAUUGAUAAUGCAACAAAAACAAUGCAGGCAUUACUAACCACUGAGGAAGGUGCAAAGCAACUCACAGAGCUAUUUGAGCUCUGUGAACCACUUGAUAAAGACAAUAUCAAUGACGUGGCAACUUUUGCAAAUGAUUUGUCUGGAAAUUUUGCUGGUGUUGUUCAAUAUAACAAGGAUAACAGGGCAUUUGAGGGUGCCAUCGGUACUAACAUUACAAUUAGAACAUUGUGUGGCAUCAUGAAUGACGAAGGCAUCGGAGCUCCGUUAGCUCGUUAUGCUAAAGUGAACUCGCUGAUGCUUCACACAUACCACGAACAAUGCCUUGAUUCAAACUACAAGAAUUUAAUAGCAGCUUUACAGAACACAUCUUGGAGCAGCAGUGCAUCUGAAGGAGGUCGCCAAUGGAUGUAUCAGACAUGCACAGAAUUUGGGUUUUAUCAGACCUCAGACUCUGAGAAGCAGCCGUUUGGAGAUCUAUUCCCUUUGAAGUAUUCAAUUCAACAAUGCAUGGAUAUUUAUGGUGCCCAGUUUAAUGAAGAGAACAUCCAAAGCGGUGUGACUCAGACAAAUACUAACUACGGAGGAUAUGGCAUUGCCGCCAGUAAGAUCGUUUUCCCGAAUGGCUCCAUCGAUCCGUGGCAUGCACUUGGUAUAACAAAGGAUGUGUCUGCUACAGAACAAGCCGUUUUUAUUGAAGGUACUGCUCACUGCGCCAACAUGUAUCCAGCUAAUCCGUCAGACCCUCCACAGCUGGUGGAGGCCAGGCACCAAAUUCAGCAACAUAUCAUGAUGUGGCUGCAGGCUGAUUCCUGAAAGAAAUCCGCUACCUCAAAACAUUUUUAAGUCGUCAAGACGUUAAAAAAUUCAAUAAGUAGAUGGAAAUAUUUUAAUAUAAUAGUUUAUAGAGGUACGAAUGAUCUGAAAAGGAACAUGACUGGUUACGGGUGGAGGAAAUUGAAAUUGGAUUGUAAAUGACAAGCUUGGAAAUCAGUGAUUUUACGCAAAUUUUAGAUUACGUUAUCUCUCGAGAGAGUUACAAGUGUAAUGUUUUUUAUGUUUUGCUCAUGUUUGCUUUUUGAUCCGACGUCAGCAACUGUUUGAAAUGAACCUAAAAAUUGUUAUGUGGCUUCACUUUUUCGUUUAAAGGUAUCAAGGACGAGGCAGAGAGACAAAAUAGUAAUUUUGCGUUAUUUUCAAGAGGAAUUUGUCUGUCGAUUGAAGUUAAGAUAAUGUUCCGAGCUUCAUUCUCUCUUAGAGUAAAUUAUCGGAUUUUUCAGGUGCAACAAAGUUCACACGAGGAAGGAAAUCGAUCUGUGUGACGAAGAGUUCCAACUCUUUGACAAGAACCCCGUUUGGCAUCGCAUCCCCCAACACUGAAUUUUAUUUUUUAUAAGUGAGGGCAAAUGAGAAUGCUCCAUGCUAGAAGUUGACUAAGUCUGGAAGAAGAAUGAAUUAGAUAAUACUGCAAGUACAAAUAGGAAUAAAAUUUUGGAUCAGAAAGGGCUGACGAAGGGUUUGCGCUCAAAACGUCAGAUCUGAAACUCUUUGCGGUGGCCAAUUUACAUUAUCAACUCAGUUGAGUUGAUAACACCAAAUUAUUUUGAAAACUCCAUAAUAGGCCUCGCUCACCACAGAGUCUCUGUGGCUCAGUGGAAGAACAUCGGAGCGCGGAAUCCGAAGCUUUGAGGUUCGAUUCCUCGUGGGG